AUGUUUUAUUACGUCAUAAAGUCUGUCUACGGUGAAAGGUCCGAGAAAUGUAUUUUAUUACGAACAAACAGACUCAAUUCAACAGAAGAUAAAUGGUCGGAAUCAAAACUCACUAUCCCUCCAGAAGUACCCGAGAUGCGGAAGGUUUAUUGCCUCUUGAGUACAACCCACAAUAGGCUCCUGAGUAAAUUUUCAUGUAUCGGAAAACUGAGGAGAGUUAUGGCUCUCUUCCUACGCUUAGCAACCAAGAAGAAAGGUCCAAUAACCGUAGAUGAAAUUGAAGACGCAAAUGAUCACAUCAUCAGAUUGGUACAAGCGGAAUGUUUCAACGACGAAUUGAGAAUAUUGAAGCAAGGAAAUGAACUCCCACCCAAGCAUAGAUGGCUAGCAAUGAGUCCAUACCUAGAUGCGAAAAGUUUGAUAAGAGUAGGAGGCAGACUGAGAAACGCCAAUAUCAAAUACUCGGAGAAACAUCCUUUGAUUUUGCCCAAAAACCAUCAUGUCGUAGAUUUAUUGAUACGUCGCGAACACCUAAGGACAUAUCAUGCUGGUGCUCAAACCACUUCAUAUUCAUUAUGGAGAAACUAUUGGAUUCUUGAUGCUCGUCAACGUGUUAGAUACCUCAUUCGUAAUUGCAGGCAAUGCAUCAGAGCUAAACCACCCCCUACUGACUACGUUAUGGGUAAUCUACCUGCAGCCCGAGUAACAGAGACUCGACCAUUUUUGAAUGUUGGUGUGGAUUAUUGUGGACCCUUCUACUUAAAGGAGAAAAAACACCGCAACCGUAAUAAAAUAAAGGUCUGGAUCUCUGUCUUUGUAUGUUUCGUGGUCAAAGCAGUACAUCUGGAGGUAGUAAGCGAUUUGACAAAGGAAGGAUUUAUCGCAGCAUUUAAACGUUUCACAUCAAGGCGAGGAAAACCAAUGAAUGUGUACUCCGAUAAUGGAAAAAACUUCGUGGGUGCGCAUCCAGAUGCUGGACACCCUUCAAGAAGAGUUUGGCCAGAGAUUCAUAAAAUGGCAUAUUUCUGCCGUUCUUUACCUGACACCCUCUCCACUCCCACCAUCAAUGGAUUCCACCAAUUAGAGCCAACCAAAACUCGAGUGUAUCAACCCUGGAUUGAUACAGAAAUCAAGGAGCUAUAUUCAUUCCUGCAAUCGGAAACCCACAAUGAAAUCAUGCACAGACGUUUAGCAAAUGACGGCAUUGAGUGGCAUUUUAUCCCACCCAGAGCGCCACACGUGGGUGGUCUAUGGGAAGCCUGUGUCAAAUCGUUCAAGCAUCAUCUAUAUCGGAUCACAGAUUGUCUUGUAACAUUUGAAGAAUUCAACACCUUAGUAAUCGAAAUAGAAUCAAUCCUGAACUCUCGUCCACUAACCCCCAUGUCCUCUGAUGCUCAUGAUCCAACUGCAUUAUCCCCUGCUCAUUUCUCGAUAGGCGAUUCAUUGACUAGCAUACCCGAAACCGAUUUCACUGAAAUUUCAAGCAACCGUUUGUCCUCAUGGGAGGUCAUCCAAAGGAAGAAACAGGAGUUUUGGAAACGUUGGUAUAAGGAAUACCUUAAUGAGCAGAACCGUAAGAACAAGUGGACCCACGGGCAUCACAACAUUCGAGAGGGAACAUUGGUGAUCCUAGGAGAGGACAAUGUACCCCCUAAGCAAUGGAUCUUAGGGCGAGUCAUCAAGGUUUUUCCAGGAAGUGAUGGUGUAACACGAACUGUGAGAGUAAAAACCACCACAGGUGAAUUCGAUCGUAACUUAUCAACUCUCAACGGGGGCAGGAUGUUCGGGCCUCAAUUUAGAAAUAAGGAAAAGAGAUUUUGCUCAACGGUUUGCGCGGAUGACCCAGGAAAUUGGAACCUUAUAGAAGAGGUGGCAAAUGGGCUAACUCCCCCGGACAAUCUUUUGACUAAUGACAAGAGAGGUAGUUUAAUGUCUUAUAAAGUUAAAGACUUGGCUAGGUCGAUUUAA